CAAAAUUAUGAAUAUUUUGAUUAUGCACUAAUUAUAUUUUGGAAAAAGGCGUAAAUUACAUAAUGUGUUCAACAUAGAAACAUUUUUUUUUGUGAUUAAAAUCUUCUCAUCUUAUCACUGAUUCAAAAAUUGAGAUGUGCUGCAAUGUGAGUCACCAAUACUGUUGCGUCGUUAUAGGAGUGCUGGCCAUUAUUGUAGGGUCCUCUGAUUUAGGAUACCGAGCUCAUCUGCUAGCCAAAUAUGGUUUGAAUCGUUGGAUACUGGCAUCUGUGAUAGCGUGGGUACUCAUAAUCAUGGCCGCAGUUGUUCUGAUUGUAGGCGCAAUAAAGAAAAUAACUACUCUUCUGCUGAUUUGGAUAAUAUUCGUACUGCUUGUCGGAAUUGCUCAAAUUUUUAUAAAAAUUGUGUUAUUCACUCCAGCCAAAAACAUUCAUCCAAACGACGCAUACUAUAUUCUUGCAGGUGGCUUUAUAAUACUUCUUAUACUGUUGGUAUUUUGUUCCGCAUACUACCCUUAUGCAUACAAGCGUGAAAUUGAAGAAGAGGAAUACGAAUAAAUUAAAUUUUCAAAAUCAA